AGCACCGCCGGCGGCGAUCUCUAUGCUCGCGCGCGCGGUAUUAAUGACAAUGGACUCAACAAUGAAGACACAGACACUAUUGUCGUCAAUACCGUUGACACAAAUCUUCAGCGGAACAACUGUUUCAACUGAAUCACUGACACCACUAUCGAUGGACACACUAUCGCAGUCACAGAUGCCGUCAUCUUCAGCGCCGCCGUUCAACUUCAGCGGAUCAACUGUUUGUGAAUCACUGACACCACUAUCGAUGGACACACUAUCUCAGCCACUGAUGUCGACCACACUAUCGCAGCCACUGAUGUCUACCACACUAUCGCAGCCACUGAUGAUGUCGACCACACAAUCACAACAGCAGCAGCAGAAUCGGCUGAAAAAACUUAUCAAAAUGUCCGGCAAAAUGGUCACAAUUGUCGACUUUAACGGCGAACAAGUGGUCAAACAAAUUAGGAAGAGAUUGACGAUGUCUCAGCCGACGAUGACGACCAAUACUGAUGGCCAAUCGGUAGAACGGCCUCCGCGUAGACGUUAUCGUAGGCGGAAGACAGCAGCCGUUCAGGUCAACUUGCCGUACGAGAUGACAGAACUGGACAUAUACGCCGAUUCGGUCAACAAAGCCGUAGCAGAGUUUGCCGACAAGAUCGAGGCCAGCCGUUUGCGGACAUGUCGAUGGCAGCGGGCUUUAGACGAUUUGAUUCAAAUGCGAGCCGAGAAUGAGGUCAACGUUAAGAUGUCGAAGUGGUGUAUGGUUUGUCUGAAACCGGUCGACGAAAUUCAUACCAAACAGUUAUCGCCAACCGAUUGGUACGAAUUCUGUAGCGACGAAUGUUGUCAACAAUACGCCAUCGAUAAUGAUAUCAAUUUUGGAUCAGACGAUGAAGACAACUGUGACGAUGAAGAAGAAGAAGAUGAAGAAGAAGAGAUCUUCGACGACACUAACGAUAGCUAUGAACACAACAAUAAUGGCACUGAUUAUCAAGAUUUUAAUACUGGUGUCACUGACGAUGAUAUCUGUUGUACACAACGUUUUGCUUUAAGCCAAUCAUUCGGAGAUAUUAUGGCUGAAGAUAUUGAGGAAUAG